CAUUUAGCUCUGUGAUAAACAGCUGUUGAGCAACAACAGUUAGCCGCUAAAAUUUCUAAAAAUGGAGUUUCCACUGUGCGAUUUCAACUUGCGGGAUUUGUUACGCGAACUUCACGGAUACGGCUUAACCACUGAAGGCACCCAGCAGGAACUGACGGACCGACUGAUGACAGCCCGUCACGAGAAGGCGGAGGCUCAGGCCCAGGGAUUUGUGCGACCCGGAAGAGCACCGAUAACUAAAUACGAAGCUUGUGUGCAGCCGGAUGAUUUUGCGCAAAUUGCAGCGAUGACGGAUGAAGAAUACGCCGUGUUUUCGAAGAAAGUGCAGUGGCGAUUGCGGCGCAUUCUCAAAACAUAUAAUCGCGAUGGACUGGAGUAUUAUAAUCCCGGCGUACUGCAUCGCAUUGAUCGAUCCAAGACGUAUGUUCUCAAUAUGAGUGAGUUUUGGGUGCGAAGAUCGCCAUACAACCACAAGAUCUUUGUUGUGUUCGUUUCCCGCACUAAUGGAGAGGAGCAGCGUCUUUGCUAUGCGAGGAGUUUGGCUGUGGUUCGGAGACCAAAUACGGAUCUGGAUCAAGUUAAGGCACCGAUAAUCACAAACGAUGCUAUCGGCCGAAUAAUAACAAACAUAAUGCUUGAAAUCGAAGAUAAUGGUCUGGAAAAUUAUGUUGCCAUCAUUACACCCAAGAAUAAUGUGAGCAUGAAGGCUCUAAAAGAGAUUUCGAUAAUGUGCGGACAGAAACUGCCACAAGUUGUUUUAGAUGAAUGUCAUCUUCAAAACUCCUUUCUCAAAAUGUUCUGCGCCAAGUCAGCGCGCUGUUUAUCUCAAGUGAAACUUGAGCUAUUUGAGGAAAGAACUCACCUUGAUCAGCUGCGUAAACUGCAAAAAAACUACACACAAAAUGUGGAUGCUGCUGCCUUAUUUAAAGAGUACUUGAUAGCUUUACCAAAGGUCUUACAGGCCAUGUGGAAGAUUGAAGAGCAUAAGAACAAACCCAUUUCAUUGGGCAGUUUAAAUAAUGAACGCUUGAGUGCGUAUUCUGCUCAAGUUCAAAAUGAUUUGCCUCCCAUAACAUUCGAGGAAUGCGACUCUGGCGGAGGUCUUCUCCAAUUGAUUCUCUUUGACGCCUUGUGGUGUCUCUACGAAGGACAUGAAAUGGAGGAAAAUUGAAGUGCAUUGCGAUCAUCAUUUAAAUAAUUAUCUUCAGUUGUCUUCUUUUCAUUAUCAUCGAAUAUUUGCAGAUCCUUAGCAUAAUACCAAACAAAAAUAUUAAACAAUCCGCCCGCAAGUAAAAAUGCUCCUGCCGUAAAAUUGAGCACAUAUCUAAGAUAUAAAAAAUAAUACACAUCAUUAGUAAAUAAUA